ACCGCGGUAGAAAAGCAGCCCCUGGCGGCCUCCGCGUGGGGGCGGGAACGGGAGGCAGGCGAGUCCGGCCGUUUCCUCCCGGCGCUCUAGCGGGAGGAAGCAUAGAGAGCAGAGGCCAGGGGGUGCCUCUUCCUCCUGGGCCUGGCUCCGCCCACUGCUUCCGGUUCCGGGGAGGGGCCGUGUUUCUGUCGGGGCGAUGGGGCGUUGGGGCCCGGCCGGGAUCGCGGUGGGGCCGCUGCUGCUGUUUGGGGGCUUGAUGAGCCUGGCUGGAGCUUCCGAUCUGCCCCUCGUCACUUGCGGCUCUGUCGUGAAGCUCCUCAACACGCGCCACAACGUCCGGUUGCACUCACAUGACGUACACUACGGGUCCGGCAGUGGGCAGCAGUCAGUUACAGGGGUAUCGGAUGUGGACGACAGCAACAGUUACUGGCGGAUCCGAGGAAAGACCUCUACGGUGUGUGAGAGAGGAACCCCAGUGAAAUGUGGCCAGGCCAUCAGGCUGACUCAUGUUAAUACUGGGCGCAAUCUUCACAGUCACCAUUUCUCUUCACCCCUGUCUGGCAACCAGGAAGUGAGUGCAUUUGGAGAAGAGGGUGAAGGGGACUAUCUGGAUGACUGGACAGUCCUCUGCAGCGGGUCCCACUGGGUGAGGGAUGAUGAGGUUCGCUUCAAACAUGCUUCCACAGACGUGCUGCUGUCUGUCACAGGAGAGCAGUAUGGGCGGCCCAUCAGUGGCCAAAGAGAGGUGCAUGGCAUGGCCCAGCAGAGCCAGAACAACUAUUGGAGGGCCAUGGAAGGCAUCUUUAUGAAGCCCAGUGAGCUGCUUCAGACUGAAGCCCACCAUACUGAGCUAUGAGAACCCUUUACUUCUCCUGGCCUGGCCACACAGUGUUGAGUUACACCCACUGCUUUCUUCAUUGGAGCAGCUGAGGCCUCAUCGUCCUUGGGGUGAGGAUCCAGUGUGGGAAAUUUCCAAGGUUCUUCAGAGCAGCAGCUCUCUUCCUGCCAACAUGCAUCUAUCCUUAUCCUGGACUUGGCGUCACCUCCUAAAUGUGGGAGUUAUUGCCAGUGGUGGCACUGAUCCUUUCAUCCGUUUGGAAGAAAUAAUCAAGAAACAUCUCUUGGAGAUGGGAAAUUCCCCUCAUUUGGGAGCUUUGACAUAACAAUCCGUUAAUAGGCUGAGUACAGUCUCUAAUGUAUGCUUUUUUCUCAGGAGUAAUAAAAGGGAUUUGAUUCUUUAA